AUGUCAUUUGAAGUGACACAAGGUCACCUACGAAAGUCACCAGAGGUGGCACAGGAUCAAUUAGGACAGUCAUUUGAGGUGGCACAAGGUCACCUACGCCAGUCACCAGAGGUGGCACAGGAUCAAUUAGGACAGUCAUUUGAGGUGGCACAAGGUCACCUACGCCAGUCACCAGAGGUGGCAAAGGAUCAAUUAGGACAGUCAUUUGAGGUGGCACAAGGUAACCUACGCCAGUCACCAGAGGUGGCACAGGAUCAAUUAGGACAGUCAUUUGAGGUGGCACAAGGUCACCUACGCCAGUCACCAGAGGUGGCACAUGAUCUCUUUGGACAGUUAUUAGAAGCAGCACAAGGUCAUAUAAGAGGUUAUUGGAGGUGUCACAUGAUGCCUUCGGCCAGUCUCCAGAGGUGGCACAUGAUCACUACGGACAGUCAUCAGUAG